CGUUUUGAGUCAGCAUAUUUUCUGUUUUUGGUCCAUUCGAGUUUCAUUCAUUUGUUAUCAUCAUUGCAUUUUUUGUUUUGUUUACUGAUUUUGGAACCGGAUUUAUUCCUUAGAAAAAAAUAACCAAACAAAUUAACAAAAAUGGCACUAACACGUGGUAAAUUAAUUGCCGUCAUCGGUGAUGAGGAUACCUGCGUUGGAUUCUUAUUCGGUGGAAUUGGCGAAGUGAAUCGCAGUAAAUCACCAUCACAUAAUUUUCUUGUUGUCGAAAAGAAUACAUUACCAUCGGAAAUUGAAUCAACAUUUCAGGCAUUUUUAAAACGUGAUGAUAUCGAUAUCAUAUUGAUUAAUCAGAAUAUUGCCGAAAUUAUACGACACGCAAUCGAUGCACAUACAGCACCAAUACCUGCAAUAUUGGAAAUACCAUCAAAAGAUCAACCAUAUGAUCCACAAAAGGAUUCAAUUUUACGUCGUGCCAAAGGUCUUUAUUCAGCUGAAGAAUAUCGUUAAGAAAACGAAAUUACCAAAAAAAAAA